AUGACCCUUCACCCAUCACACAUUGUUCAGUCCUCCGUGGGCGAGAGGUGUGCUUCAUAUAUCACAGCGAUCAGUGACACUCUCACCCAGCGAGUCGUUUCGCCUCUCCUGUCAGCCAAAGCGUCAUCUUCCCUACGUACUCUGACCCUCCCACCUGAUUGGGUUCUCGAUCCUGCAGAUCCUCCCACUGUUGCUCUCACCGUCUUCGCCUGCGCCAUUGCACUCGUCGCCAUGAGCUGGCGAUUCAGCGAUCUCUGGCGCCGCUCCCCCUAUCCGGCUGCCAAGACCACGCCGCCGCAUAUCAGCGACAGCGACUACACCUACCUCACACCGGAGGAUAUCGUGGACCGCCCGUCGGGCUACGCGGGUGCGGAGGAAGACGAGCCAGAUACCCUUCUUCUCAAGCAUCGCAAGAAUACCUACGCCUUGCAUUUCCCUGCGUACGCCAUCAAUGACGGGGCGCUCAGAGUGGGCGAGCUGAGGCGCCGGGCGGCGGAGGUCACACGCACACCUAACCCGGCGCGGAUCAAGUUACUCUACAAGGGGAAAUUGUUGGAUGAUGACACGGUGCCGUGCCGCGCUGAGGGCCUCAAGCAGCAGUCGGAGGUACUGUGUGUUGUUUCGGAAGUGCAGCCUGGCGAGAGCACGCCUAGUGAAGGCUCGGAGGCGGAGGCGGAAAAAGCCGACGAGGCUCCCCGUCCAGACGAGGUGCAGAGCGGCGGGGAAAGAAGGAAGAGGAAUCGGAACAGAAACAAGAAGAAGAAGGGCAAGGGCCGGAAUAAGACAGCUGAUGCGGCUGCUGGUGAAGCGGACGGGCUCGCCCCGCCGGCGGAACUCCCGCGACCGUCCUCUGCUGGGGGCUCGUCAGCGUUACCGGCGCCGUCUCCCAACCUGAAAGUUUUACGCACACCGCUCGAGCAAGCCAAUGCGUUGAUCACAUACCUGCGGACUGUGCUACUGCCCCUCUGCGAGGCGUACGUCGCCCAUCCGCCUACUGAUCCCAAGGCACGCGAUUUCGAGCACAAGAAGCUGAGCGAGACGAUCCUGGCACAGGUCAUUCUCAAAGCGGACGGGAUCGAACCGGACGGCGAUGAAGCUGCUCGGAAUGCGCGUAAAGCUCUGGUCAAGGAGGCGCAGGCGGCUCUCACCAGUCUAGAUCAAGCUGCAAGGGAGUGA